CAUGUGACUCAUUAGAUGAUGGACCUUAUCUAGCAACGACUCCUACUCUGAAUUUGAUGAUUGAAGAAGCCAGCGACACAGCGUCCAGGAAGUAUUACUCCGAGCUGAGAAUCUUUGGCACUUAUACAACUGAUUUUAAUCUCACAAUCGAUGCAAAUAUCCAGGAUCCCUUGGAUUAUUUCAGUAUCGUUAACGAGGCAGGCGUGAAUUAUUUCAAACUCAUCAAGCCACUGGACAGAGAUGGAGCCACAUCAUCUCCUGAAGACGAUGUCAACUUUAUCCCGUUUACAUUGACCUGCCAGCCUACGAACUCGAGUUUGCCUCAAGUAUACGAUGCUCGCAUUUUCAUCAUGGACGUUAAUGACAAUAUUCCAGUCUUUCCUAAAGAAAAUACGUUGAAUUUCACAAUAAGUGAGGCUACACCGGUGGGAACUGUUCUGUUCACAGCUUUAGCCGACGACAAGGACGCUCACUUGGACAGCAACAUCACAUAUACUUUGAACAACCACAACAAUAUGUUUUCAGUGGACAACACCACUGGGACAGUUACACUUACAUCCGAGCUGGACUACGAGAGCCUUCCACCUGGAAAAACCAUUUCCCUCAUCCUGAUAGCUCAGGACAGCGAACUUGGAGUCACUUACAGCGUCACUGCGACAGCCACCAUUCAGGUUACUGACGCUGAUGACCAGGGACCUGCUUUUAUAUACCAGGGCUGUUUUACUUACAAGAGUGUGUGUGCCUGGCCCAAGUACACAACUGGGCGUUCACUGAUAAAGGUAAUUAACUCUGUCAGUCCCGUACAGGUAUCAUUUUAA